AUGUUUCCGUUUUUAAAGGUUAUAGUAUUUAUCAUUUGUUUGCUACCUAUAUUUCUGGCUCUUGAAAUAAAGGAAAAUAAAAUAGAUCGUGGUAAAUUAAAUUUUGACAUGCAAGAUAUUACUAUCAAAUCAGGUGUCUUUUGGUCCAUUGUCGACAAUUCUAUCUCCACUUUUUUGGGUAGUUUAACAGUUGAACCCCAUGCCAGUUUUUUUGUUUCCCUGACGUCGCCUAUUUUGGCACUUCAAGUGGCCUUUGUUUCAUUUUUUGGUGUUUUUCACAACCAGGGGAAUAUCAUAUUUGACUCCCGUGCUUCAUUCACAUCUGCCACUUAUAGGAUUGCCACUCUGACAUUUCGAAAUACUGGCAAAAUGUUUUUUUCAGCAUCUGGUACGUUUCCGAAUACAAUGGAUAUUAGUGCAUCCAAUUGGACAAAUGAUGGACUUUUGAGUUUUCAUCAGGAUCAAAGAACCAGUGGUGUAGUUUCACUUGGAUUGCCUUUGGGAACCAUUGUUAACAAUGGUCAAAUCAAAUUGAGUAAUCAAGUGUACCAACAAAGAACUCAAAUUAACGGUACUGGUUGUUUUAUUGCGACAAACAAUUCAACUAUUUAUAUAUCCAAUUCUUUAUUACCAGUUUAUAGAACACAAAACUUCUAUUUAGCAGAUGAUACGUCUUCCAUUAUAGUGGAUUCGUUUUCCGCUACUCAAACAUUCAAUGUUUACGGAUUUGGUAAUGGUAACAAAAUCGGAUUGACACUCCCGCUCGUUGGCAAUUAUUGGUAUUCUUCAUAUACCUAUGACGCUACAACAGGUAUACUUGUUAUGCGAAACGUGUUUUUGGAACAAAAGUUUAACAUAGGACUUGGCUAUAACCCUAGCUUGUUUAAAGUUGUGACAGAUUGGGGUGCUGGAAUUCCAUCCACUAUUUUAGGAUCUUUAUCUUAUUCUGGUUGUGUGCCGCUUAAACAAUUGCCUUCGAUUUGUAAGAUCGAGCUUAUUAGCUCUUUAGAUAUACCAGGAACCAAACCAACACAAUUUACAAGUACCUUUAUUUCGACAGAUGAUUCUGGUCGAAAUGCAGAAUAUGUUGGGAUGUUUGAUGUUGCUACUAAUAAAAACUUUGAAUGGGUGAGUGCUAUGGCAAUAAUAACGACAUUACCAAUCAAUACGGUAGAGUAUCCUGUGACCCCUGUUUUGGAGGCCCAAUGGCUCCCAACUGUAUCAAGCUUUAGGUCCAGCAGUAGUACUAAUAAAGUUACUCCUAUACAGUCAACUGAAACUGGUGUCCUGACUACGAUAUCGUUAGUUCAAAUCACAGAAACUUUGUUGCCUUCUGGAACCUUUUCUACGGUAAAGCCUCUAGUUUCGGAAACCACGUCACUUGGGUUACUUUUUCCAACGAAAACUGAAACUCAAAUUCUUAUUGAAAGUACUCUCAUACCAGUGUUACCCCCUAAAGUUACUUAUUUUACAAAUUCAUCCCUGAAAAAUGAAAUCUAUUCAAGUGAAGUCAUUGUCGACAGAGAACCGAUUUCCAGCGAGCUUUUGAUGUCUGAUGAAGUAUCUAAUGAAGUGGACAAGUUGUGUACUGAUGAAUUCUGUGUUGUUUCUUCGGACUUUUCAAUUGAAGCUGACUAUUCCAGUUAUUAUGGUAUUGGCUUUGAGACGUUUGAGACGUUCGACACCAUUGAGGCGUUUGGCUCCGCUGAGAGGUUUGAAACUGCUGAGUCAUUUCAUAUUGCUGAGACGUUUGACACUGUUGAGUCACUGAGUAUUGUUGAGACAUCUCAGAAAUUUGAAAGUUCUAAGACUUCUAUUGAAACCAGCGAGUGGAGUACGUUUUCAUUCCCCAGGGAGCUGUUUUCUGGUCUACCACCUCCUUUGAUUCAAAGCGAUACGCCUGUCUCAUUUAAUUCAGAGCCCACUAAAGAUACCAGGAGCGAGAUGACAAUUAUGUGGGAAGUUACUGAUAUACAAGGCUCUAUCAUAACUGAAUCUGGAAUUAUUCUUAUAUCUGGUGAAUAUGAGACAACAGUAACUACGUUUCCUCAAGAUUCUUACCAAUUGGAAGGUCAUACUAAAUACACUAAAACUUGGGAAGUUACCAAUAAUAAUGGCUCUGUUGUAACUGAAUCGGGGUUAAUUGAAGAAUCUGGGUCAUAUCACACUACUGUGACGACUUUCCCACCAAACGAUCGCAAUUGGGCAUGGGCUGCUAAUACAAUACAAUUUACAAAAACUUGGUUAGUUACCAAUGCAGAUGGUUCUAUUAUAACUGAAUCUGGUAUUGUUGGUGAGUCUGAUUCUUAUCAAACCACUGUAACAACCUUUCCACAAGAGCUAAGUUCAGUUUCUAUUUAUCAAACUCUGAAAACACAUUUGCCAGAGACUAUCAAUACAGAUGAUACAGACCCCAUACCACUUGCAACUUCUCUGUCUAUCUAUCAGUCUGUUGUAGUGGAGAAUGAGUUUACAUAUUUACUGGACGGUACUAAUACUGGUGUGUUCAAUCCCACGACUGGUCUCGGUUCAGAUCUUUCUGAUGACAGUAUGUUCAUAAUAAGUCAGUCAUUGGCCAGUAUUGACCCAAUUGAAUCAGAUUAUAUUUCAGAGUCUGCAGUUCUUGAUUCUAGGUCUCUAGUGACUACUCAAUCUAUGAAGUCUCCAACUAGUUUGACUGCUAUUUUGCUGCGUGUGGAAUCAAGUGUUGAUCAAUUUGAGUAUGUUUCUACUUUGGAUAGCAAAACUUCUGGUGGACCAAUUAGAAUUGUUCCCAGUGAAUUUCCUGAACUGGAUGCACCCUUAAUAAUAGAGUUACCGGAUGGUGAACUGCUAAAUAAAACUUCUGUUACUUCCAGUAUUGCUGUCAAUGAGACCCAAAAUGGCAUUGAACCUGAAUUUAGACAAAAUGAAGAUGUCAUUAUUACUAGUACUGAUUCCGAUAUAGCACAUUCAAUUCGUAUUUCUGAGGAAACAUCAGGUGUCAGUAACUAUGGUGACGUUGAUGAUGAUUUUACAGUGAAUUUUGUUCUUUUAACACUGAAUUAUGAUAAUACUGGUUCUAAGGCCACGCUGGUUGAUUAUUCUUGGAAGUUAAUUGUAAAGAGUGAUGAGGUUCAAAUUGGUCAAACUACUGGUGAUUACAAUUAUUCCAUUGCAGCUGCUAAUACCCACCAUCAGGGAGGUGCCUCAACUCAACAAAGUGCUUCAACUCAACAAGGAACUUACACUCAACAGGGAGUUCAACAAGGAUCUUAUCUUCGACAGGAUGUUUCCACUCAGCAAGGAACUCAACAAGGUACAGGCUAUACCGUAGCUGACUCUCAUUUUGAAGAUUUUUUUUCAUCAAAAACUACCAGUACGACAACUGAUGACUUCACUCGUAGCUUUGAUUCAAAAGAUAAUACCACUGAUAUUUCAACCUCUUUUUUUGCCCAUUUGCUGAUUGUUGGAAAUUCAACUGUUUUUGAAACUGAUUAUACUGAUUUUUCAUUUAUUCCUAAGUCAAAUACUUCCAAACUGGAUAUACGGGGUAUUGACUUUGUCAGUAAUCGAACUUAUAACUCCCAUAUUGAAGGGUCUAAUGUUUCAAGUUUAGUUGUUAAGAGUGGAUCUGUGGUGCCAUUAACUAGAACUGUAAUAGUAUUUGUACUUUUGGCUAUUUCUGUGGUUUUCAUGUUAUGA